AUGUCGUCUAUCGGUACCGGUUACGACCUCUCGGUCUCGACCUACUCUCCAGAUGGCCGUCUCUUCCAGGUCGAGUACGCCAACAAGGCUGUUGAGGCCGCAGGUGUCGCUGUCGGUAUCCGCUGCAAGGAUGGUGUCGUCCUCGGUGUUGAGCGCCUUCUCCACUCCAAGCUUCUGGUCAAGGGCGCGAACAGGAGGAUACAGUCGGUCGACGAGCACAUUGGUCUUGCCACUGCGGGUCUCCUCGCGGAUGGGAAGCACAUUGCCAGCAGGCUGAGGGACGAGGCCUACAACUUCCGCGACACCUACAACGCGCCGGUCACCCUGCAGAUUCUCUCUGACCGCCUGUCGGGAUACGUCCAGGCCUACACCUGCUAUGGAUCCGUCCGCCCCUUCGGCGUCUCGAGUCUCGUUGCCGGCGUCGACAAGAGCGGCCCCCGUCUCUUCUGCAUCGAGCCCUCGGGCGUGUACUACGGCUACCGCGCUUGCGCAACGGGCAAGGGCAAGGCCCUCGCGAAGACGGAGCUCGAGAAGUUGGUUGCCGCUGAGGCGGACGGAGGAAGCGCUAUCACCUGCAAGGAGGCUGUCCGUGAGAUUGCUCGCAUCAUCUACCUCGUCCACGACGACAACAAGGACAAGGACUUUGAGCUCGAGAUGACUUGGGUGUCGCCCGAGUCUGGCUUCAAGCACCAGACUGUUCCCGCCGACCUCCUGGCCGAGGCCGAAGCUGCCGCCAAGGCUGCGCUCGAGGAGGGCAUGGAGGAGGACUAG